CGUAGAUUGACCAAGGUAACAUUCAUCAUCAUUCAUCAUCCCACCUCGAUAUGGUUGGGUUUUUCGCCCUCCAAUGUGCGCCUUGGUUUGCACUAUUGUGCUCUAUUGUGAUUUGUGACUGUCCAUUAAGUGCAAUGUUGACACAUAAAUCUAAAAAAGCUACUUGUGGCGAGGAAAUGGAUUGGAAUAGGAAUACUUGCCUCAAAAAUACUAAUGGAGAGAAGAGCGAAAAGUCGCACUUCAAAUUUGAAAAUGACUGCAGUGUAAAAACAGCUGCCAUUUUAGCUAGUCACACACAUACUUGUCAAACUUAAGAUUUUCGCAAUGCCUUAAAAUCUGUCUCACGGAACCUUUGUUCUGACGAUUUAUUUCUCGUACUUACUUUGGGUUUUGGGUCCUACAUGGGUCGCACAUUCGCCGUCACAACUUUUAGAGGCUUCGUGAGACGUUAGUUCUUGAGUUUGAAAAGUCAAUAGGGGAGCUAUGGUUAAAGACUUUGAAAUGAAUUUUUGUACUUUCUAACACCACAUGAAUGCUUUUUCCAUUUACUAUCUUUCUCUCUUCACUUUUGUCUAUUGCAACUUGAAUUACAUUUGCAGGUCUUUAUCACAUUUGCACACAUGAACCUAGUCAAGACCGCUUUAUUUCAAAAAGCAUCCUGAAUGGGCGUGGUUGGGAGGUAGACCUCACUCAUUUUUUGUCAAAUAUGCUACAAGCUUACGGAAAAGACUCCAUUUUGUUGGAUGUGGGCGCGAAUAUUGGCUCUCAUUUGUUGUUUGCCGCUGCCAAGGGCCAUUCAGUUUGGGGAGUGGAGCCCCAAACCAUUAACUUGGUAAAGAUGUACCAGGCUGCUCUUAUGGAUGCCACCAACUCCCGUAUCACAUUUUUACAAAACACCUUGGAUAAGGAUUAUCUAAAAGUAUAUAUAAAGCAAACGUUGGGGAACAUUGGAGGAAGCUAUGUGAUGAAUGAAGCUGGUGGAGACAGUUCCUUGGAGCAAAUUCAAUCAGUUCUACUCUCUGAUGUUAUCAAGCACAUACAAUUCAAUAAACGGCAAACUGAGAAUUUAACCAUCAUCAUGAAAGUCGAUAUUGAAAGUUAUGAAUGUCGGGCCUUUCUAGGAUCCCCAUUAGUUCUAAACAGUACCCAUUCAGGUUUCUACAUACCUUAUGUGGUCAUGGAGUGGACUUAUGCCCAGGGGAAGCAACCACCAUACAAAUAUCCAGCAGCGUGCCCAAGAAAAUCUGUGGUUCAUAUGACAAACCUAUUCACAGCCAAUGGGUACAUCCCAUUUUCAAAAAAUAGGAUAAUGCUCAACCCCAAUACGAGUGACACGUGGAAAGCGGAUGUUAUCUGGCAACACAAGAAUGCUCACCAACUUUUUUUUGAUAAGGGCCGUUAUUUGCUACGUCAGACAACCCAAACAAAACGGGAAGACGCACGGUAGAUUGCUAAAUAAACUACUCGUGAAUUGCCA